UCUACCUUGGCCUCUCUUGAUCCCCUCCCUGAGUCCCCAUCCCCAAGCCAAGCCUCUGGCCUCCUCCACUGGCCUCUGAUGCCUUCAGGAACCUGGGCCUCCUGCCUCAUUCCUAAACUUUAGCUUCUCAGCAAACAGGCCUCCCAAGCUCUUGCCCCUCCCUCUCGGGCCUUUCUAGCUCCUCACCAGCUUUAGGGCUCAACCAGGCCUCCUGCUCCUUCCACCUACCGCCUCCCACGGACCAGCAGACAACAGGCCUCCUAGGCUGUUCCUCCUGCUCACUCCCCUGCCCUACCCCACCCAUGGAGACCCCAGGACUGAUUGUGCACGGGGAGGCUGCGCCCUUUUCCACAGCACUCCGAAGCCUCGUCAACAACCCCCUAUACAGUGAUGUUCGCUUUGUGGUCGGUCAAGAACGGCAGGAGGUGUUUGCCCACCGGUGCUUGUUGGCAUGUAGAUGCAACUUCUUCCAGCGACUUCUGGGCUCAGAGCCGGGCCCCGGGGUGCCUAGCCCUGUGGUGCUGAGCACCGUGCCAGCUGAGGCCUUCCUGGCAGUGCUGGAGUUUCUGUACACCAACAGUGCCAAGCUGCACCGCCACUCCGUGCUGGAGGUGCUGACGGCGGCUGUGGAGUAUGGGCUGGAGGAACUGCGAGAGCUGUGCCUGCAGUUUGUGAUGAAGGUGCUGGAUGUGGAGCUGGUUUGCGAGGCCCUGCAGAUUGCCGUAUCCUUUGGCCUGAGACCGCUGCAGGAGCGCUGUGUAGCUUUCAUAGAGGCCCACAGCCAGGAGACCCUCCGGACCCGUGGUUUCCUGGAGCUGUCGGCACCCGCGUUGCUGCUUCUGCUGCGCAGCGACAAGCUCUGCGUGGAUGAGGCCGAGCUGGUCCUGGCAGCCCGGAGCUGGGCGCGCGUGGGCGCGGCGGUGCUGGAGCGGCCUGCGGCCGAGGUGGCGGCCCCGGUGGUGCGGGAGCUGAGACUGGCCUUGCUGGCUCCGGCAGAGCUGAGCGCCCUGGAAGAGCAGAACCGGCGGGAGCCGCUCAUCCCGGUGGAACAGAUCGUAGAGGCGUGGAAAUGCCAUGCUCUGCGGAGAGGGGAUGCGGCCCGGGGCGCCCCGUGCCGCCGCCGGAGGGGUACCCUGCCCCGGGAGCAUCAUCGCUUUCUGGACCUGCCCUUUAAGUGACCAACUGCCGCGACUUGCGAGGAAUUCUGGGCCUCGCCUAAACUACAGCUCCCAACAUGCUCCGCGCUCGGAGCGGGUUUCUGCUCCCAGAAUGCCCGGCUAACGGGGAGCAGGAGGGGCGACAGUCUGACACGCGCAGGGGCUGUGGGUGAGAUUCCGGGGGAGAGCGGGCCUGAGCGGCGCGUCGGUGGGCUGAACCUUGGCUUCAAGGCCCUCGCGAAGCCGGGAAGUGGGUUCCUUCGCGCUAUGCUCUGGCGUUACAGCCGGCUCUUGGGCACCCUCGCCCACCCUGUUUACUCUUUUAAUUCCCACAUAUCGUUUCAGCUCAGCCCCUUCUUUAACUCCAGACCUGCCUCCUGACGAUCUCUCUCUAAAUGUCCCACAGAGACCUCAGACUCAAUCCAAAAUUGAGCUCGCCCCUCAUCUUUCUCCAGUUUUGCCCCCAUCGUGUUUCUCAUCUCCGUGGGUGCCCAAGCCAGAAGUCUACCGCUCAUCCUUGCUUUAUUCCUCUUCCUCACAUCUGCCUCCCGUGGCUUCUACCUUUUAAGAGGCUGAAAGUUAGCAGAAUAUGCCACCCCAAAAUAUGCCUUUUUGGCAUAAGGUUAUUUUAAGCUGAUUAUUUUGAGAAAAGGGAGAAGUUUUGAAAACAGAGAAGUUACCCUUUUGUAAGGGAAGUUUUUAGAAUGGAAAUCUCCAUUUGUAAGGGUGUCUCCCUCUCUGUACCAGGAUGACUAACUCACAGGAGAAUCUUCCGGUGAAGUCAGUGAAAUCUGCUUAAUAAACCUUAUCCUUGCUUUUGGUGCUUUUUCCUGAUGGCCUUCCUGUAACUGACCUCCCUACGGUUUUCUUUCUAUUGUUAGCUGAAGGAGGUAUUUAAGCAGUUAUUUUAGGCCACCUCAGGGAGUUACUCAUCUUCCCCUGGGUAUCUCCCAUGUAUACAUGAGAUAUACAUGCUAAUAAACUUCUGGGUUUUUUUGUUUUCUCU